AUGUCUACGACUUUCUUUGAUAUGCUUAAUGAACGAGCAAAGACCACACUGCUUUGCAUUGGACUUGACCCCCGGGCGAAGAAUGCCGCUGAUGCUGCAGAGGAAUGCAUGCGUCUCAUUGACGCCACCAAAGAAUAUGCUGCCGCGUAUAAACCAAACGCUGCAUUCUUUGAGUUCUUUGGUAAAGAUGGUUGGGCUGCACUACAACGGGUCAUUGCACACGUCCCUGCAAACAUCCCUGUAGUACUGGAUGCCAAGCGUGGUGAUAUCGCUGACACCGCUGAUGCCUACGCGAAGUCUGCCUUUGAACACUUAAAGGCCCACGCCAUUACAGCUUCUCCCUACAUGGGUGGAGACUCCCUCUCACCAUUCCUGCAAUACGCAUCUAAGGGUGUGUUUAUUCUUUGCAAGACAUCUAACAAGGGUUCUGGUGAACUUCAAUGUCUUCAAGUGGAUGGACGAAAUCUCUAUGAGGCCGUUGCUGAACAUGCAGAAACGGUAUGGAAUCGCAAUCACAAUGUUGGUCUUGUUGUCGGGGCCACAGAUCCAGUGGCGCUUGGACGUGUGCGAGCACGAGCCCCUACACUGUGGUUUCUCGUUCCCGGCAUUGGCGCUCAGGGUGGAAAUCUCAAAGCCGCCCUCGACGCUGGACUGAGGGCAGAUGGAAGUGGAAUGCUUAUUAACGUCUCACGUGCAGUGGCCCGUGCAGAGGACCCACGUGCGGCGGCACAGAAACUCUGUGAAGAUAUUAACAUCAUUCGGUUUAACCGCAGUACAUCAUCGGACUUGGCAAUGGCCCUCGUCGCCUCCCGCUGUGUGCGGUUUGGAAACUUCACGCUGAAGUCUGGAAAGAAGUCCCCCAUCUAUUUGGAUCUCCGCCGACUCGUCACACACCCAUCUAUUCUUCGCAUGGUGGCACGCGAGUACGCGAAGGUGUUGCGUCAUUUACGCUUUGAUCGCAUUGCGGGAUUGCCGUACGCUGCACUUCCUAUUGCUACAGCCAUCUCACUUGAGAUGAAUGUGCCACUCAUUUACCCACGCCGAGAGGCAAAGGCCUACGGUACACAGGCCGCCAUUGAGGGUGAGUUCAAGAAGGGUGAUCGCGUUGUGAUUAUUGAUGAUCUCGUCACUACAGGUGAAACCAAAGUGGAGGCAAUUGAGAAACUGAAGUCUGCCGGAUUAGAGAUUGUUUCUAUUGUGGUUCUUAUUGAUCGUGAAAUGGGUGCGAAGAAGUUUCUUAAUUCUCUUGGUUAUGAUUUUGAGGCAGUCGUCACUCUCUCGCGGCUGCUGCCAUUGUGGUUACAGGCUGGUGCUAUCACCGAUAAGCAGUUGAGUGAGGUUCGUGCCUUUAUGGCGACGACGGCGAGUAAACUUUAA